AUGGCCUUUCAGAGCGCUCAGAACAAAGCGCUUAUUGACCUUCUGAAAACGGGCGAUUACUCCGAUCUCACGAUUACGUGUGGCAAAGAUCAAUACCGCGUCCACAAAGCGAUCAUUUGCCCACGAUCCAAAUUCUUCAAGGCCGCGUGCGAUGGCAAAUUCAAGGAAGCACAAACAGGCACGAUCAACCUGCCUGACGACGAUCCGGUUGCCGUGCGAAUGAUGAUCGAGUAUCUUUAUCACGAUGCGUAUGCUCCGUCGGCUAGGAUGUAUAUCCAUAGUGAUGGCCUCAUCGACGCAUAUCUUUCUGAGACCGAAUACAAUGACGAGCACGAAAAGAGCAAGAUGGAGCUCUACGGGGCAAUAUUCGUUGGCAACAAGAGGGUAAAGAGGCUCACUGCACUGCCCGAGGUUUCGAUUGUUCCCAUCUCUCACCCUUUGCCCUUUCCAUUCGGUCCAGCCGCGGCUCCUCCUCCUCCGCCAGCUGCCGCUUCCCAAGAAUCAGGGAGAGGACGUGGCCAGAGCCGACGAGGACGUGGUUCCUUCGCAGGUGUCGGCUCCGCCCCAGCACAGAAUGGGUUUCAAGGUUCGCCUAAUCAAUCAUCGUCCACACCCAGCUCAUUUUCUCUUGGAUCACCUGCGCCAGCGCCAACUCCGCCUCCCCCUCAGCAGCCGUCUGCUCCUCAGCGAUCUAUUCCUGCCGAAAACCUGCAUCUCCACGCUAAAGUCUACGCCCUUGGCGAAAAGUACGGCAUUCAACCCCUGAAAGCACUAGCUCUUUGCAAAUUCAAGUCUGAGGCCCAAUUUCAUCUCCACAGCGACGACUUCUUGCACGCGAUGAGAGAAGCAUAUUCCUCAACCAUUGAAACGGACCGUCCCCUCCGUGAUGCCGUCGUUGCGAUCUUGAGAAGCAAUAAGCAUCUGCUGAAAAAGGACUCGGUGAAGGAAGUCCUCAAGGAUACUGGUUUGGGCUUGAGUUUUGAUCUUGUGAUGGAAAUGGCGUCGGAAUGA